UCUUAUUCACUUGAAAAGCGAUUAGAUAACAUUUUAUUAUAAAAAGACUGACUUGUUCCCAAAAAUAUCAGUCAUAUUUUACUAAGGAAACAGUGAUUAAUUAGAAAAUGUUGGCUUCAAAAAUAAUCGUUUUUAUAUUAUUAUAUAAUUUUAUAAGUGCUCAAGAUAAUACAUAUCGAACUGGAUUUCUGAACCUUCCGUUGGAUCAUUAUUCAUCAUUUAAUCCAAGAACUUGGGAUAUACGAUAUUUAAUCAAUGAAAAUUUGUAUAGAGAAAAUGGACCAAUUUUCAUUUUUGUCGGUGGAUCAGAUGAGAUCACUCCAGAAUUUAUUUUACGAGGAAAUAUGUUUGAAGUGGCUCAAUCUCAAGGCGGUGUAAUGGUUGCAUUAGAACAUAGAUAUUUUGGACAAAGUCUUCCGACAACUGACGCUUCAUUUGACAAUCUUCAAUGGCUAACGGUUCAUCAAGCAGUUGCAGAUAUAGGAAGAUUUGCUGGUUUCAUGAGACAACGAUAUCUUGAUGCACCUGUAAUUUUAUGGGGAAGAAAUUAUGGUGGAUCUCUGGCUGUAUGGGCACGUCAAAAAUAUCCCAAUGUAAUUGAUGGCGCUUGGUCCUCAAGCUCUCCAUUGAAUGCUAUCGUAGAAAAUGUUGACUAUUUUCCAAAUGUAUUCAGAACAAUCAAUAAUAUAGGAGGUUCAGAAUGCGGUCAAAUUUUAGCCGAUGCAUUUAGAUUUAUGGAAGAAUCUUUUGUUGAAAGGAAUACAAGCUUUAUGGAACAAAGAUUGAAAUUCUGUACACCACUUGAUCAUGAUAGUGGAUAUGACAUAGCUAGAGCUACAAACUGGAUUGCUCAAGACAUCGGUGAAAAUUUUGUAAGCAAUGCAAGAUAUCCUGAUAUUGAUGAGAAAUGUCGAAUAAUGAGAGGAGUCGAUCAGCCAAAUAAUCCUCCAUCAAAUGCUUUAGAUGCCUUUGCUAGAUGGUAUAUUGAUGAUUUCAAUAGUGAAAUUGAUUGUUUAACCGUAACGAAUGAUGAAGUUGUAGCACAAUUUCAAGCUACUGAAUGGGAAUCAGAUGCAUCAUCAACUGGAAGACGUCAAAGGUUUUGGUUAUCAUGUACACAGAUGGGUCAACUUGCAACUGCUAAUAAUGGAGAAGGACAUCCGUUUGGAACACGAUUUGAUUUGAGAUUUUAUGAACAGUGGUGUGUGGAUGCAUUCCAAAAUGACAUUUUCCUUGAUCCAUGGUUUAUGCAAGAUUCAAUCGGAACAGUCAAUAGACUUUUUGGUGGUCUGAAUCCGGGAGUCUUUCGAGUAUUUCUUACUCAUGGCGAACUAGAUCCAAUUCGUACACUAGGUCCAAAUUCAGAUUUAAACCGAUUAUCAUCUGUUGUUGUCAUGUCACUUCAAUCACACAGUCGAGAUAUGGGUUCACCUGAUGAUGCUGACUAUGUUGUUUUGAGAGACACAAAACUAAGAGUUCAACAGGCUGUUAAUGAUUGGAUUGAGUAUGCUCGAUUUGGAGAUCCAGAGCCUCCCCCUCCACCAUCACCACCUGAGUUUCAUGUUCGUUGGUUUAAUCUUCCAAUCGAUCAUUUUACAUCUACCAAUCCAAGAACUUGGGAUAUACGAUAUUUAAUCAAUGAAAAUUUGUAUAGAGAAAAUGGACCAAUUUUCAUUUUUGUCGGUGGAUCAGAUGAGAUCACUCCAGAAUUUAUUUUACGAGGAAAUAUGUUUGAAGUGGCUCAAUCUCAAGGCGGUGUAAUGGUUGCAUUAGAACAUAGAUAUUUUGGACAAAGUCUUCCGACAACUGACGCUUCAUUUGACAAUCUUCAAUGGCUAACGGUUCAUCAAGCAGUUGCAGAUAUAGGAAGAUUUGCUGGUUUCAUGAGACAACGAUAUCUUGAUGCACCUGUAAUUUUAUGGGGAAGAAAUUAUGGUGGAUCUCUGGCUGUAUGGGCACGUCAAAAAUAUCCCAAUGUAAUUGAUGGCGCUUGGUCCUCAAGCUCUCCAUUGAAUGCUAUCGUAGAAAAUGUUGACUAUUUUCCAAAUGUAUUCAGAACAAUCAAUAAUAUAGGAGGUUCAGAAUGCGGUCAAAUUUUAGCCGAUGCAUUUAGAUUUAUGGAAGAAUCUUUUGUUGAAAGGAAUACAAGCUUUAUGGAACAAAGAUUGAAAUUCUGUACACCACUUGAUCAUGAUAGUGGAUAUGACAUAGCUAGAGCUACAAACUGGAUUGCUCAAGACAUCGGUGAAAAUUUUGUAAGCAAUGCAAGAUAUCCUGAUAUUGAUGAGAAAUGUCGAAUAAUGAGAGGAGUCGAUCAGCCAAAUAAUCCUCCAUCAAAUGCUUUAGAUGCCUUUGCUAGAUGGUAUAUUGAUGAUUUCAAUAGUGAAAUUGAUUGUUUAACCGUAACGAAUGAUGAAGUUGUAGCACAAUUUCAAGCUACUGAAUGGGAAUCAGAUGCAUCAUCAACUGGAAGACGUCAAAGGUUUUGGUUAUCAUGUACACAGAUGGGUCAACUUGCAACUGCUAAUAAUGGAGAAGGACAUCCAUUUGGAACACGAUUUGAUUUGAGAUUUUAUGAACAAUGGUGUGUGGAUGCAUUCCAAAAUGACAUUUUCCUUGAUCCAUGGUUUAUGCAAGAUUCAAUCGGAACAGUCAAUAGACUUUUUGGUGGUCUGAAUCCGGGAGUCUUUCGAGUAUUUCUUACUCAUGGCGAACUAGAUCCAAUUCGUACACUAGGUCCAAAUUCAGAUUUAAACCGAUUAUCAUCUGUUGUUGUCAUGUCACUUCAAUCACACAGUCGAGAUAUGGGUUCACCUGAUGAUGCUGACUAUGUUGUUUUGAGAGACACAAAACUAAGAGUUCAACAGGCUGUUAAUGAUUGGAUUGAGUAUGCUCGAUUUGGAGAUCCAGAGCCUCCCCCUCCACCAUCACCACCUGAGUUUCAUGUUCGUUGGUUUAAUCUUCCAAUCGAUCAUUUUACAUCUACCAAUCCAAGAACUUGGGAUAUACGAUAUUUAAUCAAUGAAAAUUUGUAUAGAGAAAAUGGACCAAUUUUCAUUUUUGUCGGUGGAUCAGAUCAGAUCACUCCAGAAUUUAUUUUACGAGGAAAUAUGUUUGAAGUGGCUCAAUCGCAAGGUGGUGUAAUGGUUGCAUUAGAACAUAGAUAUUUUGGACAAAGUCUUCCGACAACUGACGCUUCAUUUGACAAUCUUCAAUGGCUAACGGUUCAUCAAGCAGUUGCAGAUAUAGGAAGAUUUGCUGGUUUCAUGAGACAACGAUAUCUUGAUGCACCUGUAAUUUUAUGGGGAAGAAAUUAUGGUGGAUCUCUGGCUGUAUGGGCACGUCAAAAAUAUCCCAAUGUAAUUGAUGGCGCUUGGUCCUCAAGCUCUCCAUUAAAUGCUAUCGUAGAAAAUGUUGACUAUUUUCCAAAUGUAUUCAGAACAAUCAAUAAUAUAGGAGGUUCAGAAUGCGGUCAAAUUUUAGCCGAUGCAUUUAGAUUUAUGGAAGAAUCUUUUGUUGAAAGGAAUACAAGCUUUAUGGAACAAAGAUUGAAAUUCUGUACACCACUUGAUCAUGAUAGUGGAUAUGACAUAACUAGAGCUACAAACUGGAUUGCUCAAGACAUCGGUGAAAAUUUUGUAAGCAAUGCAAGAUAUCCUGAUAUUGAUGAGAAAUGUCGAAUAAUGAGAGGAGUCGAUCAGCCAAAUAAUCCUCCAUCAAAUGCUUUAGAUGCCUUUGCAAGAUGGUAUAUUGAUGAUUUCAAUAGUGAAAUUGAUUGUUUAGCCGUAACGAAUGAUGAAGUUGUAGCGCAAUUUCAAGCUACUGAAUGGGAAUCAGAUGCAUCAUCAACUGGAAGACGUCAAAGGUUUUGGUUAUCAUGUACACAGAUGGGUCAACUUGCAACUGCUAAUAAUGGAGAAGGACAUCCGUUUGGAACACGAUUUGAUUUGAGAUUUUAUGAACAGUGGUGUGUGGAUGCAUUCCAAAAUGACAUUUUCCUUGAUCCAUGGUUUAUGCAAGAUUCAAUCGGAACAGUCAAUAGACUUUUUGGUGGUCUGAAUCCGGGAGUCUUUCGAGUAUUUCUUACUCAUGGCGAACUAGAUCCAAUUCGUACACUAGGUCCAAAUUCAGAUUUAAACCGAUUAUCAUCUGUUGUUGUCAUGUCACUUCAAUCACACAGUCGAGAUAUGGGUUCACCUGAUGAUGCUGACUAUGUUGUUUUGAGAGACACAAAACUAAGAGUUCAACAGGCUGUUAAUGAUUGGAUUGAGUAUGCUCGAUUUGGAGAUCCAGAGCCUCCCCCUCCACCAUCACCACCUGAGUUUCAUGUUCGUUGGUUUAAUCUUCCAAUCGAUCAUUUUACAUCUACCAAUCCAAGAACUUGGGAUAUACGAUAUUUAAUCAAUGAAAAUUUGUAUAGAGAAAAUGGACCAAUUUUCAUUUUUGUCGGCGGAUCAGAUGAGAUCACUCCAGAAUUUAUUUUACGAGGAAAUAUGUUUGAAGUGGCUCAAUCUCAAGGCGGUGUAAUGGUUGCAUUAGAACAUAGAUAUUUUGGACAAAGUCUUCCGACAACUGACGCUUCAUUUGACAAUCUUCAAUGGCUAACGGUUCAUCAAGCAGUUGCAGAUAUAGGAAGAUUUGCUGGUUUCAUGAGACAACGAUAUCUUGAUGCACCUGUAAUUUUAUGGGGAAGAAAUUAUGGUGGAUCUCUGGCUGUAUGGGCACGUCAAAAAUAUCCCAAUGUAAUUGAUGGCGCUUGGUCCUCAAGCUCUCCAUUAAAUGCUAUCGUAGAAAAUGUUGACUAUUUUCCAAAUGUAUUCAGAACAAUCAAUAAUAUAGGAGGUUCAGAAUGCGGUCAAAUUUUAGCCGAUGCAUUUAGAUUUAUGGAAGAAUCUUUUGUUGAAAGGAAUACAAGCUUUAUGGAACAAAGAUUGAAAUUCUGUACACCACUUGAUCAUGAUAGUGGAUAUGACAUAGCUAGAGCUACAAACUGGAUUGCUCAAGACAUCGGUGAAAAUUUUGUAAGCAAUGCAAGAUAUCCUGAUAUUGAUGAGAAAUGUCGAAUAAUGAGAGGAGUCGAUCAGCCAAAUAAUCCUCCAUCAAAUGCUUUAGAUGCCUUUGCAAGAUGGUAUAUUGAUGAUUUUAAUAGUGAAAUUGAUUGUUUAGCCGUAACGAAUGAUGAAGUUGUAGCGCAAUUUCAAGCUACUGAAUGGGAAUCAGAUACAUCAUCAACUGGAAGACGUCAAAGGUAUUGGUUAUCAUGUACACAGAUGGGUCAACUUGCAACUGCUAAUAAUGGAGAAGGACAUCCGUUUGGAACACGAUUUGAUUUGAGAUUUUAUGAACAGUGGUGUGUGGAUGCAUUCCAAAAUGACAUUUUCCUUGAUCCAUGGUUUAUGCAAGAUUCAAUUGGAACAGUCAAUAGACUUUUUGGUGGUCUGAAUCCGAGUGUCUUUCGAGUAUUUCUUACUCAUGGCGAACUAGAUCCAAUUCGUACACUAGGUCCAAAUUCAGAUUUAAACCGAUUAUCAUCUGUUGUUGUCAUGUCACUUCAAUCACACAGUCGAGAUAUGGGUUCACCUGAUGAUGCUGACUAUGUUGUUUUGAGAGACACAAAACUAAGAGUUCAACAGGCUGUUAAUGAUUGGAUUGAGUAUGCUCGAUUUGAGCUUUUGGUAUAAUUUUUUUUUUAAAUUAGCACACUUAUACUUUUUUUAUCAGUUGAGUUGCGUAAGUGCUAUAAGAAUGAGUAUGAUUAUUUGGAACCUUUUUUUUUUAAAUUUAUUAUAUGUUCUCAAGUUCUUUAUCAGUAGUCCAAAAUGUUAUUUUCAGACAGAUGAAAGGAAGUGAAUAAAUAUUAUCUUUGCAAUUAGAAGAAACGUGAAGUGUUUUUAAAUUUAAAAUCUCUAAUUCAAUUUAGUUUGAUAGCAAGUUUUAAAAUUCUGAUAAUUUUUGAAAUUGAAUUUAUUUUACUUAAAUAUCAUAUUUUUUUUUCAGAAAAUUUUUGUCAUUUGUUUUCAUUAAGGUUUAAUAACUUCCGGGCUCGAUGGGUGGUGGGGUUUCAUUUGGUGGAGGUGUUGUUGGUUGAUCUUCAUCAGCAGCUCUAAUGAAGCCCAAUAUUUCGUCGCGAAUAAUUCCUUUUACCUCCAACAGAUGUGGAUAAUCUUGAACUUCUGAGGGCGAGCCCAUAUC